AAAAAGAAUAAUGUAUAAUAAUGUAUCUGGUUAUAAUUUACAUUUUAUGUCAUUACUAGAUGUAGUUAAUAGCAAAACUUUUAUUAAACCUAUUUUGAUUGCAAAUUUUCCUAUCCAGGAAAGUCAGAGACUUUGAAAUUCUACAGUGUAGAAAUAGAAGUGCAUCUUUUAAAUAGUAUAUGAAGUAUAUCCAUUCUACAUUCCAGUCUCUCUCUGACAUAAGAAUUGUGGCACACAGUUUUUGGCUCUCUUGUAAUUUAUUAUUCAUUGUGAUCUUUUUCACCUCCCUUUUUUUUUUUUUUUUUUUACUUUUAAGCUUGUUUACUACAUACCCCACUUGUCUAAAGGGGACAUUUUUCAGUGGUUUGAAACUAAAGUAACAACUGAUUAGAAAUGCUAGUUGCCCCCAUCUUUGUGUCUUGAGAGACGUUAAACUAGCACCCUUUAACAGGGAAGUGAAACAUGUAACAUGUACACUGUACAUGAAACAUAAGCAUGCCAAUGUGAUUGUGACUGGGACAAUCUGAGUUUAUCGGCUUGCUAUUUUGGAGGCUUGCUAUGUAGAGCCAUGCCAACCACUAGAAAUCUUAGUCAAAUAGAGCAAAGUCCUCCUUGAGUGUUUUCUACUUAAUGCCUCUCAGUCACGUUUAGUUGAGAAACCUCUGUGUCUGUCUUUGCACAGCAGGGCUGGAUAAUGGAUCAUAUCAUCCUGCCUCUAACAACAUAAACUCAAAACCUACACAUCUUCUAAUAGCACCUUGGUUUCACCUCAGUGGUCUAAAGUGCUACUUCUCAAUGGUUUGUCCAGUAACUGCCAGCUAGGCUUCCAGUAACAAUGGUUGUAUUACUUAGAAACCCACAUGUAAAUGAGCACGUGGUCCACUCCAUUUGAAAUAACCACAGAUCAACACAUCUCUCAACAUUCCCUACCUCUUAUGCUUGAUGUUUGCGCCUGUCUCAAUAUUCACUGUCUCAAUAGUCACUGCACAACUAGUGAGUUAUAUGAAGCACGGAUCAAUGAAAGUUGAACUGUAACCACCUGCUCAGCAACUUCCAAACUUUUAACAGGGGCCACUUUUCUUUUACCCAGUCGCUGUGUCUUUCUCUCAAUUUGGGACUGAAAAUCAGGGUCACCACUAAAAAAAUCAGGAUUUGCUGUUACAAUAUGGAUGUAAGAUUAUUUGCACUCCUCUUCCUCUGUUACUGCAAACAAGGCUGGACGGUAAAUGCAAUAAAUUUGAUAGGACAUUUCUCACCUUAAUUCUUCUACUUCUAUCCACUUCUAUCUACAUCGUCCACUGAUGAUUUGCAGAGCUCCAACAUUUCUGAUGCAGCACAACUAACUCCAGAUGGUCCUCAAACAAACCCUGCAGCUUCUACCCCCACCAAAGAAAAAGACGAGAACUCUUCAGAAGAGGACACCGAAGAACACUGUGGAAGGCACUUAAGCUCCACAAAGAUGAGACACGCUAUAGGCAGUGGUAUUAUGAAGUUUGGUCUGCAGCUGUUGGAGAACCUGAACGCAAACAAAGAACAACCUAACAUCAUUAUCUCACCCCUCAGUGUGUUUUUAGCUCUCUCUCAGUUGACUCUGGGGGCGAGGAAUGAGACUGAAGAGCUCCUCCUUCAGAGCCUGCAUGCUAAAACCAUGCCGUGCUACCAGGACACACUAAAAGACCUCCUCCACCACGUUCGCAAAAACCACCUGCAAAUCGCCAGCCGCAUGUACCUGGGUUCUGGGUUCCACCCGAAGCAGGAGUUUCUGCAGGCGUCUCUCAAAAUAUAUGAUUCAGAACCUGCAAUCAUGCCAGAGUUGGAGGAGAUCAAUGAGUGGGUAGAGAAGUCCACAAAUAGUUGCAUCACAGACUUUUUGACCAGUCUCCCCCCUGACCCUGUGAUGCUGCUUAUCAAUGCUGUGCACUAUAAAGGAGAGUGGCUCACCCGCUUUGACCCUCGCUUCACGACCAGCGAACCCUUCUACAUCGACAAAAGCCAGGUGGUCAACGUGGACAUGAUGCUUGGACCUAAACACCCCCUCAGUGUGUUCACUCAUAAUGAACUUGAUGCCCAGGUCGCUCGCUUCCCUUUCAAAGGGAAUAUGAGCCUGGUGGUUGUGUUGCCUCUGACCAGUUACGUCAACAUAUCAGCCAUUGCCGCCAACCUCGAGAUCUCAGAUCUUUACAGCCGUUUCCCACGAGAGAGGAACAUGCAGGUCAAACUGCCGAAGUUUAAAUUGGACUUCUCUCGGGAGCUCGAAGAGGCCCUGACAGGCAUGGGCCUAAGGCACCUGUUCUCAAGUCCCAACCUGGCUGGUAUCGCAGAGGGCCCCCUGCUGGUCUCCAGUGUGCAGCACAAGUCCAGCAUGGAGAUAAACGAGGAGGGUGCGCAGGCUGCCGCUGCGACCAGCGUGGUGAUCUCCCGCUCGAACCCCUCCUUCACAGUCAACCACCCUUUCUUUCUGGCCCUCAUAGAAGAUUCCAGCCAAACGCCGCUUUUUCUCGGGGUCAUCGCCAACCCUAACCCUGGAGGAUCUACCAUGACGUCACAACCAAAACUUGUUUUAGAUAAGACAGGGUUGACGUUUGACAAGGAAUUCUCACCAUCUUUUGGCCUCCCACCCAAGUAAAAGAGCCUUUUGUACCUUUAGCAGAUUAACACUAAACGUGAUGUUCAGCUGCACUGUGCUGCCAGCGGUGGGCAAAUCAAGAGCUGCAGAAAUAUCCUGACGCAAUUAUGUGGUGUAGAACGUGUUUCAUGGACAUGGGUCAAAUAUAUAGUGAAAGAUUUGCAAUUUUGUAAUUAUUAUUUCCCCCCUGCACAUAAAUUACCUUUCAGCAACUAUCAAGACUGAAAAUCUGGUUAAAGUGAAUGCUGUUAAAUGAUUAAAGAAAUGAAUUUGAAAAAUACCAACGACUUUACCCAGUUGAUAUCCAAUAAUGGACACAGUUUGUUUCUAUGAUUUUUAAAAAAUUAUUUUCUGCUAAUAUUUUCUCAACAAGUUGAGUGAUGAAAACAAACAAACAACACUACAUCCCUCACUCCCUAACUAUUGCUAAACACGGACGGC